CGCGGUCACACUGGCCUACACAAAUGCUUGUCAUCCGGCAAAACAACUAACUUGAAAACUUUUUAGAAACUCGUAAAGUUAUAUUAAUAAGUGUAAGAUGGAGACUCUUUUAGGUAUCAAGGGCAAGGAUUUUGUUAUGCUGGCGGCAGACACAACUCAUGCCCGUUCCAUUAUCGUAAUGAAAGAAGAUCAGAACAAAAUUCACAAGGUCUCGGAUAACUUGUUAAUUUCAACCACUGGCGAGUCGGGCGACACCGAGCAGUUUACCGAGUUUAUUUCGAAGAAUAUUGCCCUGUACAAAAUGCGCAAUGGCUACGACCUGAGCCCGCGUGCGGCAGCCCAUUUUACGCGCAAGAAUCUGGCCGAUUAUCUUCGCAGCCGCACACCAUACCAGGUCUUCAUGUUUGUCGCUGGCUAUGAUGAAACGGAGGGUGCGGAGCUGGCUUUCAUCGACUAUCUGGCCAAUGCAAAGUCUCUGAACUACGCCGGUCAUGGCUACGGUGCCAUGUUCUGCUCCAGCAUCUACGAUCGCUACUGGCACCCCAACAUCACCCAAGAUGAGGCCUACGAUAUCUUCAAGAAGUGCAUCGUGGAGAUUCAAAAGCGUCUGGUCGUCAAUCUGAAGAACUUCAAUGUCUCUGUUGUGGACAAGAAUGGUGUCCGCAACCUGGAGCCAAUCAGUGCCCAGAGCCUGACCGAUUAUAAUGCAUCUAGUUAGGUUUUCAGCAUUUAAAAUGCAACGUUUAUAAUAAAAAAUGCGCCUGGGUGACUGGCUUCUUUGGUACGAAUUCUA